AUGGAUAUGCAUGCAAACGAAGCAAGUGAUGAUGCCGAUGAUACUCUCUCCCUUUCCGAUUUUCAGAUUUACAGUGAUCCAUCUUCUUCAUCCGAAGAACCAUAUAACAGGAAUUCAUUGUCAUCAUUUAGAUUCACAAUCGUCAGCUCCCCCAGACCGGAAAAAGUUGCUUUGUUUGGUAAUUUGAUUUCUGUACCUGAAAACGAUCUGAAACCACAUCGUAAGGCCCAAAAAACUUCAAGAUUCAAAACAUUUCCGGUGAAGGGAAACGGCAGUUGUUUUGAUGAUACUUUGGUUCCUGCUGCGAGGCCACGGCGGAUGACCGGGAGUGGCUUCUUAAUGUUCGGAGUGGGAAAGUCUCCGACGAGGAUGGAGCUGUGUGAUUUAAGGAGUAGACAAGCUCGUGGUAGUCCAGCAAGAAUUUUCCCCGUUAAUGGUGGUGGUGAAGAAGAGGCGAAGGCUCGCCGGAGAUCUGGCAACUGGUCGGGUAAAUUGUUCGGAGCAUGCAUUCCUAUGCUUUGA